AUGGGAGCCGGUGCAAGCACUCCGUCGCCCCCUCCUCCUGAGCCCUCCCAGCCGGCAACAUGUCCAGUGGAUCACAAAACCAGGGAGAUCUGGUUGCAACAACACAAGGCUUCGGGCGGUGCUCCCCAUCCGAUGCCUCCGGACGAUGAGAAACCCAAGGAGAAAUUACAACGCCCGCUGUCCACUGAUCGCGAAAUAAGCACGAUACCCCGGGCCAUCGAUACCACCACAACGAAACCAUCCCCCGAGGCCGCCGGUCAAGCGCCGUCACCAUAUGCCGCCGCGUCUGUUCCAUCGCAUGGAACGCCAUCGAACGCGGAGACCGAAACGGGCCAUGAUCAGAAUACCGGGAACUGGAUCUAUCCCUCCGAACGUCAGUUUUUUGAAGCGCUGAUGCGCAAGGGGAACACGCCUUCAUCCACCAACUCCGCAUCUGAGUUAGCCACCUCAGUGGCAUCAAUCAUUCCAAUCCACAAUGCUGUCAAUGAGCGCGCCUGGCAUCAGAUUCUCGAAUGGGAGAAACAGGGUCCCAGGUCAGACCCCGGAAGCAAGAAAUGUGGAGGUCCGCGACUGUACUCUUUCCGAGGCUUGGGUACGGAUCCCCAGUUCCUGAGUCCGCGCGCUCGCGUGAACAGUCUCCUGGGGUAUCAGCUACCUUUUGACCGACAUGAUUGGGUGGUGGAAAGGUGCGGUGGAGAGAGAAUCGAGUAUGUGAUUGAUUUCUACCAGGGGAAAUCAUCGGGCGGUAGUUCCUCGGGGGGUCUGGCAGCCAACGCUGGGCCAGGCAAGUUGAGUUUCUACUUGGACGUUCGACCGAAACUGAACAGCUGGGAGGGCUGCAGGUUGAGGUUUAGCCGGUUUGCGGGACUCUAG